AUGUCUCCGGGUGGUAGUUUAUUCGCUCGACGACAAUCGGAAUUUGAUGCUGGCCUGAACACCUCAGCAGCUUGGACCAAACAUCUCGAACGCGAGGGGUCGCUUUCCGACGAAGAGCUUGAUUCAACGAAUCAGGGAAUAGGGGAGCUCCCUACUCGUCCGGCUCAAGCAUUGUAUGAUUUCCUGGGGAAGCCAGAAUUCAAUGAACUAACCGUCGACGCCGGCGAUGAGAUACAUGUGCUUAAGGAAGAUCUUCCCGAUGGCUGGAGUCUGGUGAAAGCCGCAAACAUCGCUGGUUACCUUGACUUCAUGGCGGACUUUGUGCAAGAAGCAGAAACCACGGGCCUCGCAGCCUCGACCGACUCGACGGAGUCUACGACUCCCAGAAGGUCGCCAGCAUUGUCCAAGAUUGUUCUCCAGACCACUGGAGGGCACCUUUCAAUGACUUCUGUUCGUACUUUGCGAACGAAACGGCGUUAA